GCAACUGCGUCCUCGGUUGCUAUCAUGGAGGGACUGUACACAGACAGCUGAAGCGGCUACACGAACCAACUUAAUAGAAGACUUAUUUUUACUCUUUUAAACCACAUAAAGAAACAGUUCUGGAGAAGCUGCUGAGAUGUGGUUUCGAACUUUUCCUCUGCUAGUUUGUCUUCGCCCCGAAAACGGUUGAAUAAGUUGACUUAGCGCCGCCGACGUUAGCUAAAGAGGACAAGUUAGCAGCUAGCAGCUUUGCUCAGAGCUCAACCUGUAUGUCUGUUCGGUGUCUGCAAGGAUCGACAGCCCCGGAGGAUGCAAGUUCUUCAGGAAAACUUCUUCUACCAACCAAAUUUGAGGCUGGGGCAUAAUGGAGGCCUCGAAAAUGAGAGACAACUUUUGGCUGAAGAACAGAAGUUAUGCAAAGCCAGAGCUCGCAAAUUUUCCCUGGAAACCAGCCGACGCCGGAGGGCUUUGGAUGAAAGACGGAAGCAGUGGGACAUGCAGGAGCAACGUCUGAGAGAAAACAUCCUACAGCAACGCAGACAGCAAGUCCAGGAUGCAACUGAACGCUUCCAAAGAGCUCAUCUACCUCCAUCUCAGAGACGUAGACAAUCUUUCAGAAGGAAUGUCACAAAUAUCGAAGAUGCACUCAAUCAAAUUCAAGGCACUUUGAGUUCAUACACCCGGCAGUCGUCGUCUUUCUUGUCCAGCAACAGUAACAUUAGCAGCACGCCCUCUCCUAAGCCUCCCACAGUUUCUAAAUCCUCCUACCGCCAAGCACUUUCUGCCAUGGAGGCCUACACUACACUGCUUCAGGAACAGAGCAGAACAGAGAAGCACCAAGAUACCAGUCCACAGGCCAGCCACCUGUCUGAUUCCUGUAACUCUGAGAGCCUUUCAAGUAAGGACAGUUUGGAGAAUGAGGACCCCAACCACAGCGCAAAACAUCUGCAGAGUUCCUAUUCAUCAUUCUUGCUUCACUCAGAGAAGACCCAUCCAGACCUGAGAAACCAGCAUGAUUUGUGUCCAUCGUCAGACCUAACUUCUUUCUCAGCGAUGAUGCUUCUUGGUGAUAACUUAGCCCGAUCAGGAAAACUGCCUGAACCUAAGCAGAACAAGCAAAUGGACUCUGAAUGGCCGAAUAAUAAGGUUCAUAUUUCUGAGACGUCUUGGGGGUUCACAUCUGUUGAUCAAAUAACUAAAACAGACAGCCAGCCCACUCUGCACAACAGCAACUUAUUAACUGUUUGUGAAAUUAUUAGUGGAGAUCCAGAGCACUUCGAGGUAAACUCCACACAAAACAGUCCCACUGACAACACCAUUGUUACAAAUAGAGUCGCUCUUGGCAACGCAGCACUUGAGUCUUCAUAUCCUAAACAAGAGGCUCUGUUGGAUCUCAGACAGCAGAAAAUCCAUGAUGACAGACAAUUAAAAUAUCCAUCAGCUACAGAAAUUCCUUUGCCUGCCAAAAAUGGCAACAGCAAAGACAUUUUGUUUGGGGCUUCCCCAAAGCCAAGUAUUUUCUUGAACGACAAAACAACAGAUAAUUUGUCAAAAGAAGGAACUUUUCAGCAAACAGGAAAAGAAAACCACCAUCUGUCAUCCCAGAAAGAAUCCAGUGCAAUCAUAAACAAUCUCAAUAAGAUUUCAAACUCAGAACACAAAACUGACAAGCCCACAAAUACACCAUUGUUGCAACACGUAUGCAAAUCUAAUAUUCAAUCAGACAUGCCCAAGUGUCUUGAAUGUUCUGAGGAAGAAUUAGCAAAACUUCCUGUUUCAAUUGCACCAUCUCAUUCAGUAUGUGAAGUCAGAUUUAUUAAAGGAAUCCUUAAAAAGCAGUCAAAAUAUGUAUCAAGAGAUACUACGUUUGUGUACGGCUCAGGACAUUUAUUUUUUGCAAAAGAAGUAGCAUUAGCAAUCAGAGAUAGUGUUGAAUUAACAAGGGCUAAAACUAAGGACAUGGCAGGCAACACCACUGUCAAAAAGAAGCUUCGUUGGUUUGACGAGGUACAUUUGGAAAAAGAGACCAAAGACCAGAACACAAUUAAGCAGAUGAAAGACAAGUCUUCCAAUCUUUGUCGAUCAAAAAACAACUCAGAGGACCACCAGCUAAGUCACGCUACAGUCUCAGGGACUCCCAAGCCAAGACCCAGCAUGACCCCGGCAGCCUCCACUGGUUAUCACUUUACAAAAGAAGCAUGGGCAGAUGUUGGGGUUCAAGUCAGUACGGCGCAGGAACGAGCAGAUGAGGUCAAGGUGCCGCGGAGCAGCACCAGGUCCAGUGGCCCCAAGGUUCCCCGGAGAGAACGUUCUGCCAGAGCCGGAGCGGGUCCUGUUUCCUCCAGAACACGAAAGGGCACUGUCAUACGACCUCAAUCUGCCACUGAGGUGAGUCAGAUUGCCAAAACCCAAGGGAAGAUUAUGGUGCCCCGCCCACCUCCUCGGAUGAAAUCGGUGGAAGACAAGACGGCGUACAUCACUAAGACUCCAUAUGGCAUGGAUCCUGCCAGUGUCAGCUAUAAACAGGCCCUGGCUGUAGAGCAGGCCCUGCACAAGAACAACUCUGAGGGCUUUUUCUCGCCUAACGCACAUCAUGUGAUCACAACAGAUAGUGCUGUUAUGUACACACCUCUGCCGCCCUCAUAUACCUGCCCCUUCUCAGAGGUCAACGCAAAGAGUACGUCCAGCUCAGGUCACCAGGAAACUCACAGCUACGGCAGAAGAAGAGGGAUGACUUACAAUGAAAGAAGUAUCUGUUUAGAUUGCACCCCCACAGAUGAGGAGAUUUCACAGCUCUGGCACGGCGUCCGCAGUGCCUUAACCACCAAGGAUGGAAAAGCUAUCCUCAGAAGACGUGCCCCGGAGAGUGGGCAAGUUUUACGGAAACCCUGCGUUGAGCAGAGCCGACAGCCUGCUGGCUCGGAGAACAGAAGACUUCUUCAGAGCUCUCAGCCAACAAAACAGACUGCAGAGCUGACCAGACCGUUUUCAGUUACUCACAACACAGCCUUUCCAAAUGAAGGUUUUGAGAGUGCAGCCCAGUUACACCUUGGUGAAGUACAUGCUGAAGGCCUGCUGGAAGACAGGGACAUUGUGGCUGCCAUGGAGACCGCCCAAACAGAGAGGUCUGGAACAGUGCAGCAGCACAGCCGACAGCAGGGGCUCACCACCAUUUCCUUGGAGGAGAAGAAAAUCCUUCUUUCUCUAGACAGACUCAACCACCAGCUGCACUGUGUACAGGAACAUGUUGGAGGAAAUACUGGCACGCAUGGCCUCAUACUUAUUGAUCCACCCUAUGUUUCUUGACUGCUUCAGCAAGGAGCUAUAAAAAAAUGAUGUGACGGGACGGCAGUGCCUCACUGCCACAUCACCUCCUUGUUAUCUUACACCAAAACUGAGAGCAGCCACAAAGAGAGGAAAUAUGUUCAGCUUUGGUGUGUGACGAUGCCUGCAGCAGCAGAAGCUCUUUGACAAGUUGUGUGCCAAGAGAUUUUCUUCUCUGCUGUGGUUAUUGGAGAAGGGACAUCGGACAUCAGUUUACAUGAGGUGAUUAGAGAGGGGGAAAAUACCCAAAAUUCAGCUGAAUAGGUUAAAUAGUGUUGUCAGAAAGUCACAAAUUUGCUCAGUAGGAAUAACCAGCCCAACAAAGUGACCGAGCCUCAUUGUGGACUUUUUUUAAACAACUAAAUUUCAUAACAAAAUGGUACAUUUCUUAAAAAUAAGAAGAAUAUUUAAGAAAAAAGCAUCCUGUUCAUGUACUAAAUUCUUUAGAUUUCCAGUGUCUGUACAUGCAUAGAUAUAAACAACAACAAAAUCACGUACAGCCUGUUUUAAUCUGUGUAAAUCUCCAAACGGCACCGACUGAUAUUUAACUCCAAAUACUGUACUUCAGGUUCUCCCUGAAAUCUGUUGCCUUUGGCCUGUUACCAUUAGUGCUCAGCCUCAUUAUACAAUACAAUGGUGAGCGUUAACCAGCGCAACACCCAGAAACUCAACAAGAAAGGGCAAGAGUGCUGAAAGUAAGGGGAAGAGAUUUCCACGGAUGCAAGUUUGAGCUUGCACUUUGGUCUGUUUUGAAGCUUAAUCUCGGGAGCAUUUUGUCUUGUUUUGUUGCCGUCCACUUAGCGUGCAGUGAAUGAAUGACUGAUGUGGACAUAUUGCAUGAGAAGACAAUGUUUUUAAAAACUGGUAUAUAUGCAAUGCAAAAAUGCAUGUAAAUUAAAUGUGGGUUUAACAGGGGGGAAGGGGAAAAUGGAUGGGUGAAAUGCAUGAUAACACUAAAAGCAAACACAGAGUAACUUAUUACCAUUGUGGUAUAUAUGGAUUAAUUCAUGUUGAAGGCAAUGCAAACAGAAGACAGAGGGGGAAGAAGGAGGAGAGAGAGUCCCUUCAUGAGUUUGUUUAUUAGAAGCUGCACCCACAGACUGUAUGCACGCAUCAAACCCUGUAGGGGGCAGGCAAGCUCCCAUCUGCCCAUCUGUCUGUAGCAACACUCUGCGUCACUAUGCCCGAUAAUAACACCAGAAGGGAGCGUUUUAAACAAAGUGGACUGAUACAGCUGCCCUGCCUUUCCGGACUUGAGAUUGAUUCCGGUAAAUGGAGCCCCCCAAAAAAUCGUUCCUACUGAUAUUCAACAAGCCUCAGCCAGAGUGAGACAGACCUUUUCACAGGCAUGAGGAGAUGUUGACCAAAAGUGACCAAACUCGUGCUAAGUGGGUGGUCCCCUCAGGGCUGCCGGGACGCUGCAGUCCAUCUCUUUAAUGUGUCUGAGUGCGUUACAAUGAUGUGAAAAUGACCACUUUCACCCACACAAUGGACAUUUCUUGACUGGCAGCAUGUGUGCACAGAAUGUUUCAUUCAUGCAAAAAAAAAAAAAAAGUGGGCUUGCAGCACAAUCACUAAGUAUUUUACAGGCUUCUAAAAUGGAAUUGUAGUGAUCAUUUUAAUAUGACUUGAAUCAAAAAGAACAGGAUGAAUCUGAGAGGUACAGGAGCAGCAUAUUACAGUAGUGCAUGAAAAAAAACAAUACAUUUGGGUUAUUAAAUUCCUACAACUUGCUGCAUGCAAAGUUUCCAAAGCUCAAAUAUAAACAAAUCGAAAUGAAAAACAGUCAAAUGAACAAAGUUGAGCAUCUGCUGAGGUAUAUGUGACUGGCAGAGGGAAGCUCUUUAAUCUGCUGCGGAGCUUUUACAGUGUCUGCGGAUAUUUAAUAGGGGCUUCAUAAUCAUUCAUUCAGUGGUUGUAUGGGAAAAGCUGAAACACAGCCUCUGUAUCCAAAGAGGGUGGAUCUUGACAAAAUGAUUUGUCAAUGGAAGAGGGGCCUCAUUAGCAUAACAAUUGUGGGAACUGCAUGGGUCUACUUUUCAUGAGCACUGUAAAAAAAAAAUAAAAGAGAAAGAGAGAGAGCCAGAGAGAAAUAGUACACAGUGAGAGAAAAGGUGCUUUUGAAUUAUUGUUUGGAUCCUUGGGAAAAUGUAUGUUGCCUUACUAUCCAUAACACAGCACUGAGAAAACCUGCACUGGGCUGCAAAUGGUAUUUAAUGGCAGAAUUUUAAUGAUCGUCUAAAUUACUCAGCGUGCAUAAACUUGCACAGAUCAAAAACUAUGGAGCAAUCACUGAAGCUUCUUUCUGUUUAAUUUUGACGGAUUGCUGUUUAGUAAUUUUCCACCUGUAUGCGCAUAUUUGAGGGUCUAAAACUUGCACGUUUGUUUUAUUUUUUUCAGCAUUUCGUUUCACUCGUUAACUGUAACCGUGUUGAUAUAAUAUUCAAGAUUCAAGAGGUUUGUUGUCACGCUACACUGUACAAAGAAACUCUUAUUUCCUGAUCUUCCGUAACCCUUAGAUGCACGAGUGAUAGGACCAACAUUCUUCUUUAAGUGGGUCAAAAACAACUCAUAUAAGAAUUCAUGUGUUUUUAUGCCCUUUUUGUUAUUUUGGUAGAAUAAUAAUUUGUGUUGUUGUUUGUAUUAUGUUUUUGUCCAUACAAGAAUGCUUUCAUGUUUGAAAAUGUUCAUUUUACACUUUAUAACAGAUUUUUUAAAAAACAUUUUGACAUUUGAAAAAGAAGAAUGUUACACAGAACAGCAACAAAAGAAUUUGUCCACUCUUUUCCUCUAACUGUUGCUGCUCUCGUCUCUAACAGUUUGUGCACUGCAUCACCUGUUGCAUGAUAUUGUCAGUGAUAAAGAGCUUGGGGUAGUUAUACAAACAUUACAAUUUUUUUUUUAAGUAUAAAAGGUAACUUAAAAAUGUAAAUGGAAUGAUAUCAAAAACACGUUUUUUAAGGAAUAGAUGGAAAAUGAAAUGAUAAAUUACAAAGAUAUUGCAAGAAAAGGGUUAACCAAAUGACACGAUGUAUGAAAGUGUAUAAAAACUAAAGCAGUGACUAAAUAAAUAAGCAGACUUAUUAGGUGCACUAUGCAUUUGUAAACCCAAAUUGCACUAAAUGACUAUUGCAGUAAUAAAGUGAAUUAUUUUAAUAUUAAUAUUAAGCUAAGCUCAGUUGCAACAAGUCCUUCAGUUACUUUUCACUUGUUGUAGCCACAUUUACUGUAUAUCUUAUUGUUAAACGGUCAAGUUUUUGCAGUGGCAUACAAAAGUUGUAGUUAAACUUAACGAGUGAGUAAAUAAAUACGCACAUGUGGGCUACUUUAUAUGGAAGCCAAAAAACAACUUUAUUUCAGCAAAUGUUGUCCAGAUUGUCUCAUAAAAGUGCAAGGACGAUUAAUCAUGAAGAUUAAAUGAGCAAAACAUUAAACAUCCUAUACAAUAUGGAUACUGUCGAAUGAGAUGAAAAAGAUUUUCAUAUAUUUGAUCAGAUUUAGGUAUUUCACUGAAGCUGCUUUCCAUUUAAUUUUGACAGAUUUCCGUUUUAUAAUUUUCCACCUGUAUGCGCAUAUUUGAGGGUCUAAAAGUUGCAUGUUUGUUUUAUUUUUUCAUCAUUUUGUUUCACCUGUUAACUGUAACUGUGUUGAUAUAAUAUUCAUGAUUCAAGAGGUUUGUUGUCACGUUACACUGUACAAUGAAACUCUUAUUUUACUGAUCCUCCUUACUAAAUGGUACAAAAAAAUGUAUAGAAGUGUAUGAAAACUAAAGCAGUGAAUUAAAAAAAAAAGCAGACUUAAUAGGUGCACCAUGCAUUUGUAAACCAGGUUGAAGUGAGUUACUUUCAUAAUGAUUUUAAGCUAAACUCAA